CCCACCCACCCACCGGUUGUUACAAUUCGAAAAGAAGGCAGAAGCAGUAACGAAAUGGAGAAGAUGAGUCAGGCUAUGGAGAAGAUGAGGAUGCUCGUCGGAAUAGAAGUCGAAGAAGAACAACAACACGCCGACGAAGAGUCCCCUUUUGCGUUCAUGGAUGAUUUCAAUCGCAACUGUACUCUAUCCACCAAACAGAGACUAUAUGGUUUUGCCAUAUGUUUGGUUGCUGGUUUGACUUGUACACUUAUGUCAAUGCUAGUUUUCUUCAAUCCAAUCAAGUUUGGCGUAGCAUUCACCUUUGGAAAUUUGCUGUCACUGGGGAGCACAGGAUUUUUAAUAGGCCCUAAGAGGCAAGUGAAUAUGAUGCUUGAUCCUGUUCGAAUUUAUGCGACUGCCUUGUAUAUUGCAAGCAUUUUACUUGCCCUGUUGUGUGCUCUCUACGUUCAUAACAAGCUAUUGACGCUGGUGGCAAUCAUCUUGGAGUUUGGUGCUCUUAUUUGGUAUAGCAUGAGCUAUAUUCCUUUUGCCAGGGCGAUGAUCUCGAAAAUCAUGGUGGCUUGCUUUGACACUGAGUUUUAAGUCCAAAUUCUAGGCUUGUAUAUGAGGGUUGUAUGGUUUAGAGAUUAUUAUAGGUGUGCAACAUACAUACUAUUAAUCAGACAUUGUAAUGAGUUCUUUUUUUUCGGUUGAGGAACAUUAUGUUGAUGUGUCCAUCCCAGAUUUCCUUGUCUUGAUGACCAUUUUGUCUAUUAUGUGGAGUGAAUGACCGACGGACAAUCAUCAAGGAGACUUAUUUGGGUUAUAACUUUACCUUACGAUAUUUCCAAUUCAA